AUGGUUUCAUCAAGACUAUUCACUGGCUUUAUUGCCCUCGCUUCUUUCCACGCUGUCAACGCUGGAGCAUGCCGUCCUAGACCCAGCUCUGCAGUUGGAACCGACACCACCGUCACAACCAGCGAGACCUCAUUCCAAACAUCCAUCGAGACUGAAACAUCUUCAGUCACUGCCCAAGAGACAACAACCCUCGAAACCACUAUCUCGCUCACAUCUGCCGAGACAUCAGUUGAGACAUCUUUCGUAACAGAGGAUGAUUUGACCACUACACUCGAGACCACACAGAAUCUCGACUUCACAACCGACAUCACCUCAUUCAUCACUCUUCCUGCCGAGACCACAACGAGCGAAUCCGCUGCAACCACGUCAUCUUUUGUUCCUGCCCAUCUUUUCCCCUGUGAUUUGGAUGAGGACUGCCGCACUGUUGAGUUUUGCGACACAGUUAAUUGUGGUUGCCUCAACGGCUUCUGCAAGCUUCUCAACGUUGACAUUGAUGUUCCUAUCCCACGACGUCUUCACUGA